CAAUUCUGUUAUGGCACAAUAAGGAAGACAAUAACAGAUGCAAGCCUACAACUGAAGAAUACCCAAAGCUUUAUUCAAGAUUAAUCUAAAGGAAAUUCUGGUCGUUCUUCUCUGCCGUCAUUGCGUUGCCAUUUUCUUCGAAUAGGGGCUCCAAAGAUAAAGACAGAAGCCUGGUCAAAAAUGAUGCAGUGAGCCCUGCAUCGAUUCUGAAGAUGGUCUGAGCUGAGAGGUUCUCCCACCUGCUGAUCCCUGCAAAAGGUUGCUGUGUCAGAAGACUCCAAAGAGACGAGUACGCAGCUUCCCAAGGCCAUGGAAGACUCUCACACUUUAUACAUCUCAGAGUUGGGAGAUGAUGACAAUUUAGAGGAGGAGGAGAUGGAGGAUAAGGCGCUUGAGGAAACUCACUGCAGUCUUUAUUUAAUGUCCAUGGAAACGGAUGAGCUGGCAGAUUCAAGCAGAAGUUGCCAAAAACCUGAGGCCAAAGGCUGUGACCUGAAGCAGGAUUUAGGAUCGGUCUCCCAUUCAACAACCCCUGAGCUCCCAGAGGAUCCUGACCAUGACCCUGAUAUAGAGCUCCAGGACUCAUUUCCCUGCCAAUUCUGUGAAAGAAAUUUUACCAGCAAGCAAGGCUUAGAACGUCACAUACACAUCCACACAUUAGCUAACCACCACACACACAUAUUUAAGUGUAAGUACUGCAGCAAGUCCUUUGGCUCAAAAAUUGGCCGGCGACGGCAUGAGAGGAGACAUGAAAAUGCAAAGGCAAGGCCUGGAUCUUUAAUAAAGCCUGUGGAGCCUCUAAGUUCUGCCCUACAGCGCAACGGUCCAGAAUGUGGUUCUUCUCCCAGUAGCUCCGGUGCCUCUGUUUUGGCACACAGAGAACAGGCGUCUACGUCAGAUGAACAUGGAGAAUUACAGGUUGGUCACACUUGCAAGUAUUGCAAAAAGGUUUUUAGCACACAUACAAACAUGCGACGACAUCAGCGCAGGAUCCACGAGCGCCACCUCCGGCUCAAAGGUAAGGAAGCCCCACUGUUGCAAGAAGCAAAACAUCCAAAGCUACCCCCUAUUAAAUCUCAACAGGAUACCAACAACACAAGCCCAGUAGCAGUUCUUGAGAUCGAAAGUGACCAAGAGGAGCAAUAUAUGCUGGAUAUCUCUGGUAACAUCUCUGAGAACCUCAGCUUUUAUAUAGAUGGGAAUAUUGUAUCAACAAGCACUGUCAGCGGCUGUGAGGUAGUUGAAGUGAACUCUGGAUCUGCUACUUUAGUUGGACUAAAUACUGUGAUUAUUAAUCCUGCCCAGAUCAGUCAGGCUCUUAAAGUAGAGACUGCUACUCACACAGGAAAAGGGAUACCUGGUCAACCCUUGACAAAAAGGAGAACUGCCACACCACCUCUUCUACCCCAAAUCAAAACUGAACUAGAAUCGGAAGUUGUUGUGUCCUCCUCUUCUUCAUCAUCAAUUGUGUCAUCUUUGAUAGAAAGUCUCAUUCCUCAGAACACCGAGUCUACUAUCCUUCAGAGAGAGAGAACAGUUUAUCUGUCACCUAAGCUGAAACAGCUCUUACAGAUGCAAGAUUGCCUCAAACCCAGCUUUGCCCUGAUCACAGAAGGCCAGAAGCUGUGUUCACCACUUUCCCUGACUGUCCUCCCAGCAGGAUUGGGGAGGUUUAAAAGAAGGACAGGGUCUCCCCCAAACUCACCACAACAAAGCCCUAUGUCGAAUGUUGAAAGCACAACAACAGAUGUGGGUGUUUCUAUUGCUGUCAAUGCCCCAACGUCAGAGAGCCAAUGCAGUUCACCCGCAUGCAGUUUAUCCAGCAAUGAUGAGAGUGAGAUCUCCAACAGUCCACCAGUAAACGAUGCAAUGACAACUCGUGUCUUGCAAGAGGGAUGGUCCCCAAUGAGUGGGGGUAGUUCCUGCAACCAGCAACCUUUGGACCUCUCAAAUGCUGUCAAGAAAAGUGAAGACGAAGACCUGCGGGAAGCUGUGUUGGACUUGAGUGUGCACAGAAAGAGUGCAGAUGAUUCAGAAGCAAAGAGAAUUUUAGUUACACAGCCCUUAAAUAAAAAGAGGAAGCCAAACACCAGCAUGUUGGAGAAGGUGCUGAUGAAUGAGUACGCAAACCUAGAGGUUGCUGCAGAGCAAGAAUUAAGUAUAUUAGAAAAUCAUGAUGCACCGUUAGUUACAGACUUUGCCAUAGUUGCUGCUUCGGAUAUGUCACCUGCUACUGAAGGCGAGGUGUUCGGAUUAACUUUGCCCUCUGCAGCACUUAGUCCAUCCCCUUCCUCUCUCGCUUCAGUCACCAGGCAAUCGAUCCCAUCAUGCACCAUAGCACUUGCUUCCCCAUCUCCACAUCCAGUCUUACCCACUGCUCCGUCGCUAAUUACUGUUUUAGCACCACCAACAUCUUCCUCUAGCAAUUCCACAAAUCAACCUAUCCUUCAAGUAUUGGCCCCUAAGAUAUCUCCUAUAAUCUGCACUGAAAAUUCAUUGAAUUCAGCUGAGUGUGAGUGGAGAGCUGCUUUGCCAGAUUGGGCUACCUCUAAUUCUGCAAGCCAACUUGCCAUCUGUAAACCCCUUGACCCAACUCUCAAUCUACAAGGGCAUGUGUUUCUCACAGAUCACACUAUAAAUCAAAUAGCUCUGAACACUACCACAGUUGAAUCCAACAUUGGAUUUGAAGUGCCAACAUGCUCUCCAGCUUUAACUCUAAACGAUUCCCUUAUCAACUCCUUUGACAUUACUAGUAAUACUGUUUUAAUUGAAUGCACAGUUGCUCUUGAAACCCCAGAGAACCUUGUCCCUACCACAAUUGCUUUCCAAGAAAAUAAUUUUGAAACCACAGCACCUGCGCAAAUUGUCAUAAAUCAGCAGCAGCUUCUAUCCUUGCCUGAUGAAACCGUUGACCCUACUAUUUUAGUAUCUUCUUUAGAGCAAUCGGUUACCCUUUCAGCGCUGUCUGCAGUCAUAUCUGAAUGUCCAACUCGUCAAGAAUCCAUUUCCUCCCCUGUUCCUGCCAUUAUUAAAAAGGAAUCUAACCAAAAGGUAGUAUCAGAGGACAUAUCUAUCUGCCCCUCUAAAACGGCACCUCCCUUUGAGGGCACAAGUCAAGUGGAAGAAUCCUCAAAUGAGUCCCUCUCCAAGCUACAAGAGACUUUCACUAAGGAAUUCAUAUGCAAUGUAUGUGAUAAGCUUUUUCAUUCAAUGAAGGAACUGGGUCAUCAUGUAAGUGAGCAUUCUGAUGAAUGGCCAUACAAAUGUGAGUUCUGUGUGCUGCUCUUUGGGAAGCCCACGGCAUUGCUUGAUCACAGGUCAACUCUCCAUGGCGUCGGCAAGAGCUAUGUUUGCGGCGCAUGUACAAAGGAAUUUGCUUAUCUUUGCAACCUGAAACACCAUCAAAAGGAGUUGCACCCUGGCCAGGAAUGCAAAUACACAGAGGAAGAAAAUGGCAAGCUACGACCCCAGAAUUACAACAAUGCAACAAAAGUUAGCACAGAGGCUUUGUCCUACUGUGCCAUGGCGGAGUCCAAUAAACCUGUCAUAAAAGAUGAGGGAGAAUUAGAUGACGCUACUGAGGAACUCUUUACCACAAUCAAGAUAAUGGCUUCUGAGGGAGGUAAACCCAAAGGCCUGGAUGUUUGCCUUGGCAUCAACCAACACUAUCCCAGUUUUAAGCCGCCUCCGUUUCCCUAUCACAACCGGACACCUGUUGGCUCUGUAGCCUCAGCUACCAACUUCACGACCCACAACAUCCCACAAACCUUCAGCACUGCUAUCCGAUGCACUAAAUGUGGCAAAAGCUUUGAUAACAUGCCAGAGCUGCACAAACACAUUCUUGCCUGUGCAAAUGCCAGUGACAAAAGACGCUACACACCCAAUAAGAACCCCAUUCCUCUUCGUCACUUUGCAAAAGCCCAAAAUGGAGUACUGUCCUCUACUAAUUCCACAAAUGGCCAAAAUGCUCUACACACGGCAAGUCAAACAAAUCGUCCCAAACUCAAUCAGGAGCCACCUACCAAGUUGAAGCUUAAUGCACUCAACAAAAGGAAAAAACAGCUGGUACAGAGGGCCAUUUCACAGAGGAGUAAGUCUACCUCUUUGACAAAGAAAACCUCUUCUCUAGUGGAUGAGGAGCAAGAGAUCUAUGUCUGUCCACAUUGCAUUAGAGAAUUCACAUACCGCCGCAGCCGAACCAAGCACAUGGCCGUCUGCCCCAGGAAACCUGCUGCCAAAGAGGCCAAGAAAAGAAAAGAUGGCAGUAUCUCUUACACUAAGGAAAAUAACGGCCACCUUCGCAGAGAAGUCCUUCAUUUGGAAGAGAAAUCUGACCAUGAACAGAAAAGCAGAGCCCAUAGUUCUAGUCCAACAAAGAGGACAGUCAUAUUACCAGCUCAUAAAGUCCUGUCAAACAAAAAAAGUAAAUCCAUCAUUGCAUUGGCAAGUGUCCAAACACCGCAAGAGGCACCCAAACUGACUGCAUUGUCUCUUGUUCGUCCUUUCAACUCCCCACAUCGUCAAGGCAGUAGGAUGCAGCAUGGUGUAAAGGAAAUUCGUUCUAACAUUACAAUGGUGAAAUCCCACCAACAACAACCACAGGUGGAUGAGCACCCCUGCAGUCAGAGUGGAAGGGUGAGGGGACCAGUGACCCGCAGUCUACAGCAGAUUGUUGUCACAGCUUCAGCAAAGGAAGAACAGCUGACCAGUCAGGAGCCACCAAGGGAUCUGCAGGAUUCUUCAAUUUGAGAGUCAUCCAAUGGACUGCUUCAGACAGUGGACAGUUGAGGAUCAUGAUACAUUUGUGGAGGCUUAAUGAAAUUAAAACAAAUGCAAGAAGAGAUGGAGAAUGCAGCAGUGGGUAGGUGCAAUCGGACAAUGUAUGGAGGCUUUCAGAGAACAUUUUUGUUGUGCAUUUCUUGUCCUUUUCAUAGAAUGUUUGGAAAAGACUGCUGUGCACUUUGAGAAACUUUACCUGUGAUGGGCACGUGCAUCACAGAAUAAGUCAUCUGAUGAUUAUCUGAAGAAAUUACUUCAUUUAAAAACCCCAUCCCUAUGAAUAACUAGUGAGGUUUGCAAGUGGCAAUCAUAGGUGCAUGCAGUUAUAAAAUUUUAUUUUUCAGUUAUCUAUAUGUGUACUGUUAUGUGGCUUUUUUUAUUUGGAACCUAAAUGCAUGCUACCAGUUUAUUGUAGUACUAGAUUGCCCCUUUCUCACUCAGUCUGUCCAAUUUUUAAAUCACACUUUUUAGGUUUGAAUGAUCAUCAACAAGUGAAACUCUGGAUCUCUUAAAAGUAUAGUUUUCCAAAUAUUUAACGUAAUCAUAAUAAUUGUCAUACCUCAAGAGGAGUUAUGUGGCUGUCUUAGAAUUUUUAUACAAGCUCCAAGGAAAGCCCUGAGAAGUAAACAAUGCAUGGAAUGUGAGUAUAAAAACCUAGAGCUGGGCGAUAUUUGAUUAAUUGGAAUGUAUGUUUUAGCGCAAUAUUCCAAAUGCCUGUAUCUCAGGAGUACAUUUUUUUUUUUUAAAUGUAUGAGCAUUUCUGUCAGAUUUUUCUCACGUUGUACCUUCGCAUUUACACACACCAAGCCCAGCCCCCUGCCACUCACAACAACAAAGAUGAGAGAUCACUUCUUCUCUGACAGUGGUUUCAACUCUUAUUUGCAUUUUAGGUUUGGUCCGACAGAAUCUGUCAUAUGGAAACCAAAACACAUAAAAAGGUUAAUCUCCUCUAUUACAGUAAAGUAAUGUUUCUAAUGUUUCCAGAUAGCAUAUGAACACUCAUAAAUAAUGGCAAAAUGUGUAGAAUUGCAGGAAAUUUGCUUUAACGGUUUACUUUGGGCGCAAUAAAUGGGGUGUGCCUUGGGUGGUUAAUCGAUGUCAUUCUGGUCAUGCACGGCAUGACCGACAUAGCUAGUUUGUUAGCUAAGAUAGUCACUUCUAGCUAGCCAGUAACUCCUCCAGUAUGUGUUGACAUCAUUUCACACGAUUUGUUUUUGGAUGGAAGCUGUAGAGAUUGGUAAUAAAUGGCACUUCUGUAGCCAAAUAUCUUAUUCAUCAGUAUAUAUUUUUUUACCGCAUUACAUGACCUUGGAAUUAUGGUACAUUGAUCAGUUAUACAGUUUAAAGCCGUUAUUUUAGAGUUUUUGCCCAAAGUCUAUCCUUUUUUUUAAAGUAGCUGUCCAGUGUUUCCAGAUGUCUAUGAAAUAUGAUCUAUAUUUAAUUACAAUACGAGUUAAUUUUAAAAAAUUGGAAGAAAAAAUAUUUAUGUUAAAAAGCAGCUGGGUGUAUACCAGUCAUUAAAAUUAUUCAUGCAAGUAGACUGCUGAUUGGCCAGCUCAUCCUCCUCAGGGAGAUGACAUCAUCCUCUUUGAGGAAAUGGCAAGCAUUUUUUUUUUUUAUGGUCUGUUUGAGAUAAUUUUAUCUCAAACAGACGGGGACCCCCGUCUACUGUUUGUCGUGGACUUGUCAUUGAGAGAUUGUUUAUGAGACCUGUGUUAAUAAUUUUCUAUAAUGCCUCCUACAAGAAGUUAGUCAUUAUUAGUGAAUGUGCAUUAUGCAUGGUUCUGGUUCCAUUUUUAACAAAAGACUUGAAAACCAGAUCAGUGAUUAUUGCAGAAAAGCAAUUUAAAUAAUGACAGUAUUAGUGGGUCUUAUGGUUGUGGUAGGAUUAUAUUUACCCUAGGUAUAAUUUCACAAGCCAUGCAUUCUUUAGAUUAUUGCUGCCUGUUUUAAAUGCAGGGUAUUUUACCUUUAAUUGUACAACAAAGCUUAUUUAGAGAGAACAUUUAAAAGAAUUGAUGUAUAUCGUGAUUCGAACCUAUGUUUGAAAAAAUUUUGAUUUUUUUGGGCGAUAUCGCCCAGCCCUAUCAAAAUCUAGACUAAAACAUUAUGUGCUGAAUUCUUUCAUUCAAUGUCAAACACGGAUAUUCGCUAUUGAUAUUGUCACAAUAUAACUUGAAUUGAAUUAUAUGAACUAUUUUAGGCAAGGCUUCAUACUCACAUUAUAAACAUUAUAAACAUGCAUUGUUUAGUUCACAGGGAUUUCCAUAUAGCUUGUAUGCAAAUUCAAAGACCGUUAUAACUCAUCGUGAGCUAAGAAAACAAUUAACAUUGCAAAACCCCUGUGGUGCUGUUUCGCCCAAUGCGGAUCUCAGCUUUAAAGGUGAAUUCUGUAAGAAUGAAACAUCUUGAAGGCCCUUAAAGCUAGAGUCUGGGAUUGAUACAUCCAUAAAUUAAUUAUAUACAGCCCAUGAUUUUUGAAGAAUAUAACUUCUACAUACCUGCAUUAGCGUACAACUGCCUUACCCAAUCAUAGUCCAAAAUAUAAGCUUGUAAUUGUAAACAAAAAAGCAUCACAAACAAAUGAACUGAUGUGGUUGUCAUGGACCGUCAGUCCUUGCAUUUAGAUCACUGUGUAUCAAUUUGAGAGGGUUACAUUUCCCUAGCCCCAUCCCUCCGCUGUAUACUAAAUUAGGAGGCAGGGCGGCUGUUUUGUUUUUCGACAGUAGAUUUCAAAAACCAAAUGGCAGCCCUGCCACUUGUUUAGGCACUUCCUGUUCAGCCAGCAGACUAUGUGAACAAUGGAGAGGUUUUUAUGACCAGUUAAGCUAAACAGCCACAAUCAAGGAGUUUUUGCACAUUUUUAUAUAAAAUUAGGUUAAUUUAGGCAAAUUUUUCGAGCCCAUGCAAACAUGCAGAAACCUAAUUGUGGAUUAUGGAAAAUAUAUUACGCUGCACAAAGCCAAAUCCUUUAAUAUUUUGAAGCAAUUCAUUGUUACGUUUUUGUUUGUAAACAAUGGAGUAAAAAAGGCAUAUUUUGAGCUAUGGUAGACAGAUGUGCUAAGCUUGUAAAGCAUUUCUACUGUAAGUUCUAUUCUUCAAUAAUGACAUAUAUUUAAGGUGUACCAGUCAAAAGUUUGGACACACCUACUCAUUCAAGGGUUUUUCUUUAUUUUUUUCACUAUUUUCUACAUUGUAGAAUAAUAGUGAAGACAUAUGGAAUCAUAUAGUAACCAAAAAACGAAUCUAAAUAUAUUUCUAAUUUGGACUUGGUCUUUUACCAAAUAGGGCUAUCUUCUGUAUACCACCCCUACCUUGUCACAACACAACUGAUUGGCUCAAACACAUUAAGAAGGAAAGAAAUUCCACAAAUUAACUUAUAACAAGGCACACCAGUUAAUUGAAAUGCAUUCCAGUUGACUACCUCAUGAAGCUGGUUGAGAGAAUGCCAAGAGUGUGCAAAGCUGUCAUCAAGGCAAAGGGUGGCUACUUUGAAGAAUCCCUUUUUGGGUUACUAACUGAUUUCAUAUGUGAUGUUUCAUAGUUUUGAUGUCUUUACUAUUAUUCUACAAUGUAGAAAAUUGUAAAAAAAAUAAAUAAAGAAAAACCCUGGAAUGAGAUGUGUGUGUGUGUGUGUGUGUGUGUGUGUGUGUGUAUGUAUCUCAAUAAUUUAAAUUACAAUAGAACAGAUCCCAGACUACUUUAAUUCCAUGAAGGAAAAAAAAGUUAAUUUUAACUGAUGAACAUCUGGCACUUUUAGUGUUUUUCUAAGCAGUGGCUUAACCUGUUAAUUUAUUGGACUUCUUGUUCUUGGAAGGUGAAAAGGUAAACAAUGGAACAAUAUUUAUGCAUGUGGAAAUGGUUUCAUAUUAUGUUAAGACAAUUGGUAAUUGAUCAAUUGUAUUCUUCAAAUAUCAAGCAUUACAUCCCAGUAACAAUUGUUAACCACUAGAGGAAUAUGUUUGCAUAUUUUAUGUGGACAUCCUAUUUAUUAGUUAAAGCUAGAAUCCUUAAGGGUGAAGUUGCCACGUUCAUGUACGAUAUUACAACAACAAAGAGGUUACUGCAAACAACACUGUAUUUUUCCCCCUUGAUACGCUCCCCACCUCUGCUUCGUCGACAUAAGCAAUAACAACGGCUGUGGGGCGGACAGUGACACUUCCAUCUUUAAAGGGAAUCAAUUAUUUAGAGAUGUUUUUGGAAAAAUGUUAUGUAAUGAGUCUAAUUUAAUGGAUUAUGGGAGACAAAAAACCUGCACUAGGAACCUACAGUAAAUGGGGCUUACAUUCAUUUCAAUUUCUCGACAAUAAUUAUAAAUUGUCUCCUAUUAUCCCCUAUUCUAAUGACUGAAAUGUUCUGGCUAUGCCAUGAGAAUUUAAGACUUAAUUUUAUGUUGCUGAUGUCAUUUCACUUUUCAUUUUGGUAAUUGGGUGCAAGUGAAGAUUUAAGCACUUGAGAUUUGGAAAGGGGAAAAAAUGUUUUUAUUAUUUUAUUACACAAUUUCAUCCCAAAUUAAAAAGCACAACAAUUUGUUUUUUCGUCCUUCACUCCUAUCAAUAUUAAAACAACAAAGGCAAAUAAAAGUGCUUUACAGUGUACUUCAUAUGUUUUGCUUGCUUUCACAUAGUUUCAGAGUCGAGUAAAAGUAUGUUAUAAUGGGACCCUUUGCAUAUACACUGCCCCAUCGAUAACUUGCUGCUUCUUGGGGUCAUAAAAAAAUGUGAGGUGCGUAAAUUAAUGGAAAAUAUUGAAAUGGCCCAUAUUAAAGCUACAUUCUGGGAUUUGUUUUACAGCAAAACUGCAGCCCGCCACUUGUCUUGGUAUACAGCUGAGGAAUGGGGAUUGUAAUCCCCUCUGAAAUUCAUAGACAAAAAAACACCUGUAGGCUAUAGGGGCAUUAGUCAUCGAAUGGGCAGUGUACUAUUAUUGUAUUCCGUCUUACAGAUAUAGUUUACAGUAUCUUCUGUUAAUGUUUACAAACGUAAUCUAUCUUGCUCUUGAAUGAAGAGGGUUUUGGGGAUGUUUUAAUUACUGGAGAAAUGUGGUUCUUUUAUUUCAUUCAAUCCAUUCACCUGACUUAUUGGGGUGUGUAAGCAGUUUUCUGUGUUUUUAGGUUUAUACAACAUUAACAGGUCAUUGUCUAUUUAAGAUAUUACUUACUGGCAUCUUGUGUAAUUCAUAGAAUGAACCUGUGACUUGAUUUGAUAUUAUACAUGUGGCAACAGCUUGAUUAAUAUACUUGGAAGAAUAAUCAAAAUGACUUCUUAAGAUAAAUAGAUAACAUGCGUAUAGUAUACAUAUUGAAGUUUCACUGUUGGCUCACAAAAUUAAUCAGAGAAACAAGGGUAACCAAAACAGGGUAUGUUUUAGAAUUGGGAUAAAUGUUUGUAAAACAGUAUUCAUUGUUUGUUUUAAUCCUAGGAAGAUUGUUGUAACCUGGGAUUGGUGUAGUUUUUCCCAUUUCAUAGCAGACUGACUUGAGAGUGUCGGAUAUGUGGAAAAUGUUAUAACUGUGAAAAGUGCUUGUAGCAUCUCAAAGUGUAAAAUAACUCAUGUAUAUUUAUUAAUUUAAAUCAUGUAUCAACCUGAACGGUUCUUUGUGUAUGAUUUGCACUGUUGCAUACAUUUCUGAAAUGUAGUUUUUUUAGUUAAGUGUUCAAAAUAAAUGGGGACUGUUAAGUUAAUAAAGUGUUGGUUCCGUG